AUGGCCGCUGCACAGAGCGACGAGUUUGAGGAGGAGGUAUACGAUGAGGACGAGGACUAUGGGGACGAGUUUGAGGAGGAGUUGACUGGAGAGGAGAUUGAAGCGGACGGGGACGAGGCCAUCGGCGGCGAUCUGCUUGGUGCGGCAGAGGGCGGCAGCGCGGCAGCGGCAGCAGCGGGCGGUGGCGGAGGUGACGACGAGUACGAAGACGAGGAAGAGGGCGCCGAGGAGGAGGAGGAAGAGGAGGAGGAGGAGGAGGACGACCUCGUGGUCGCGCAGGACUGGACGGGCCUGCGCACGCUGCCGGAGCAGGCCGCUGUGUUGGACGUCCUGUCGCACCUGCGCGCCGCCGGCGCGCGGCAGCUGACCGUGCUGCUGCUCGGCAAGAGCGGCGUGGGCAAGAGCUCGCUGGUCAACGCGCUGCUGGGGGAGAAGGCGGCGGCGGUCAGCGCAUUCAAGCUGCAGGCUGACACGGACUCGACAGUCAAGUACGUGCGCCAGGUGGCCCUGGGUGACGAGGAGCUGGACGGGUACCGGCUGACCCUCAUAGACACCUGCGGCCUGGAAGAUCCAGAGGCGGGAGACACAGUCAGCUACGGGGGCCGUCUGUUUGGCGCGUGA